AUGGGUCCUCGCAACAAGCGGCGGCGUCUGACCGACCCUUCAGAGGAGCUCAGUGACUCUGAUAUCUACAAGCCAGCGACUCUACUGGAAAAGAACAGCUGGAACGGAUUCUGUGAGAUCGAGUCAGAGCCGGCUUUGUUCAAUGUGAUGCUCCGCGAAUUCGGAGUCAAGGGAGUUAAGGUUCAGGAGGUUGUCUCCUUGGACGAAGAAAUGAUGGCUUUCCUAGACAAACCUAUCUACGGCUUGAUCUUUCUCUUCCGCUGGCGGGAGGAUGAUGCCAACAACCAGGAAGCGACCUGCCCAGAUGGAAUAUGGUUUGCAAACCAGGUACGUCUCCAGUAUCUCUGCCUUGAGCCGCUACUAAUCCGGACUCAGACUGCCAGCAAUGCCUGUGCUAGUGUGGCUUUACUAAACAUUGUGAACAAUAUCCCUGGCAUUGACCUCGGAGAGAAUCUCCGUCACUUUAAAGAGUUCACGAUGCCAUUUACACCGGCUUUGCGGGGAGAUGCCAUCAAUAAUUUCGAGUUCGUGAAGCGGGUACACAACUCUUUCGCCCGCAAGAUGGACAUUCUCAACUCUGAUCUCCAACUCCAGGUGGAAUCAAAAACACGGAAAAAGUCCUCCCAGAGUCAGGGUGACGACGAUUCCGACUCGUCGUUCCAUUUCAUUGCGUUCAUGCCGGUCAUGGGCCAGGUUUGGAAGUUUGACGGUCUGGAGCGACAGCCUCAAUUAAUCGGUCAAUGUUCCGAAGACGACUGGCUAGAUCUAGUCCGGCCAAACCUCCUGGAUCGGAUGGCGGCUUACGAGGAAGAUCAGAUCGAGUUUUCUAUCCUGGGACUCGUUAAAGAUCCCCUAUCGGACCUCAUUGAGCAGCUCGCCGUUAAUGUAAAAAGCUUGGAGAUGGUCCACGAGCGCCUCAAAUCGGACGGUGACACCACCGCGGCAGCCACCACCAUGGCCGGCUUCGAGGGAACGGCGAUCGGCCCGGAGCUAUCCCUUGCGUUGACCCGCGCGGUGAUCGAUGCGGCCGUGAUACCGGAGGCGACUUUGCAGGAAUACCAAAGCUGUUCUCCAAGUCAGCUGCAAGAGCAUUGGCAAAGGCUUAGCCAGGCGCAGGAGGAGCUCCGGUCCCGAGUCCGGGAAGAGCAACAGUCGCAACGUGCAGACGACGACUAUGCGACCGGGCGGCGGUAUGACUACGGGCCUGCCGUCCGAACGUGGUUACGAUUCCUGGCGCGCAAGCAGGUGCUGGCGGAGUUGAUUCAAUAG